AUGAUAAUAGAUUUUUAUACAGCAGGGCUCAGGCCUAAAAAUUGUAUAUGUUUUUAUGAAGAACAGCCUACUAAGAUGCAUUUUUUACUAGUCAAAAUUUAAAUAUUGCUAGAAAAAAUAUGACUUCCAGCUAAUCUCUAACAAAAAAUACUCCUUAGUGGGCUGUUUAUUUUAAAUUAGUAUAUAUUUUUAAUUCCUAAUCGCAUUGCAUAUGCACAAGUUCUUGUAUCAGACGUUGCUCGGAAGCAAAUAUUGCUUGAAUUAUUAUAUGGCUCUAUUGUAAUAAAUGAAGCUGAAUGGCUUGGUGAUUAUGGCCAAGAAAUAUGGCAAGGAUUUUUAAAAUACUAUUACCCAUUUAGGACCCCUGAUUUUAAAUGUUUAUCAUUUGACGGGGCAAUCCUGCUUUUGCAUGGGAUAAAAUAUACAUUAAAUAAAGGAGAAAACGUGGAAAAUGCUACAGCAUUGAACUUGAAUUUAAGGCAGCAAAAAUUUUUGGGCUGUUCAGGCUCAGUUUCAAUCGAAUCGUGAAGCAAUAAUAGAAAUUCAGCUAUUUUAGGUAUCUAUAAUAUGAGGUGAAAUGCAAGCACCAAUAUAAUAUAUGAGUCGCUUUGUGGGGUUUAUAACUUAGGCAGUGAACAAUUAUUCACUUUUACUGAAAAUCUAGUAUGAUAUAAUUUAAUUAAAAAAAUUUUAUUAGUUUUUAAUAUAUUUUUUACCAAAAAUUACUAAAUCUGCACUUUUGAUAUAAUAAUAAAACAAAAAUCCCAAAAGAUACUAUAGAAGAGAACAGCGACUGUCCAUUUAAUAAAAACCAAGUACAAUAUUCUAGAAAAGGUGCAGCAUUUUUUUAUGCAUUGUGCUUAUUUAUUGAUGUUAUAACUCUAAUUAUGGUAUUUUAUAUAUGAAGUAAAUGAUGUAAUACUGAAAUACCGAAGUUAAUAAAAGUCUCAACAAUUAAUUUUGAAGACUAUAUAGAAAUGGGGAUCAUUUUUAUUGAUUUUUUGCAAAUCCUUUCUAUGGGUCCUGAUAUGAGUGGCUAUGAUAAAUUUGGAUACAAUUUUUCAGAUUUGGCUACUCUAAAUAUUGAUUGGAUUACGAAAGGCAAAAAGCUAUACCUAUUUAUAAUGAAAAACCUACUUGUUAGCGAUUUAUAUUUACAUUAAGAAAAUGAUAAGAACAGCUAGGAGCGUUUAUAUUUGCUAUUAGUAGGGAUAUGGUUUUAUGUAUUAUCAGUUGUGAUAGUAGUAGCUUUGUGAAUUUUUUUGAAUAUAGAAAGUACUUUUAAAUGUUGAGGAAAUAUAGGUAAAUUUUUCUGCGAAUUCAUUAGACCUUUAUCAAAAUUAGUGAUGCCGGUUGUAGGGAAUAUUUGCUUUUUGCCAUUUAUUUCAGUCCUUUUAAGCUCUUUUGCGUGCUAUGAAUCAAUUGGUCCAACGGUUACCCAAACUUUUGUACAUCAGGACUGCUCUACAUUUUGCUGGAAAAAUUCUCAUAUAUUGUGAGCCAGUCUUUCAAUAGUCUCAUUAAUCGUAUACUUACCUUCAGUAAUUUAUUUCAGGCCUCUAUUUGGCAAUUCCAUCCAAAAAAAUAUAAAAUCAAGGCCAACUUUUUGGAUGGUAAAAAGCAUUUUUCAAAUAAAUGUCGUAAUACUAAACAAGGCUUUAAAAGUUUAUUAUGAAUGAUUAUUUGGGUUUUUUUAUAUAGCAAUGAUUUUAGCAUUAAUUUAUUUUUGUUACAGGCACAAGCCGUACAAUUAUGAGAGAAUUAACCUAUGGCUGAUUAUUCUUUAUUUUUCUGAUAUUUGGAGCAUUUUGUUAUCCUCUAUUUAUUCUUUGUCUAAUUAUCAUUCUGUAUAUUUAUGAAUGAGUCUACAGUAUGUAGGGUGGGGUAUUUUGGUAAUAAUUGGGAUAUUAAUACAAGCAAGAUGCUACCCGUCUUUGUUAGUUACUGAGGAUCCUGCUGAAUUAGGUAUUUUAUUUAGAUUUGAGCUUGGAAAAUCAGUAAAGGCUGACGAAAUUAAUCAGAAAAAAGAUGUAGAGUCUUCAAAUGAGCGUUCACCUGAGAUGAUGGAUAAUGAAAAAACCAAACAUCAAGAAGCUUCUAAAUAA